GACCUUUCACCCUUGACUCGCGCAAUGAGCGAUAGCAACGCCCGUACUGUUCCUACAGCAAAAAGACAGAAGAUGGCUGCAGGAGCGGCAGCCGGGAAGGUGAUUAGGAAGAUCAUCAGUACCGCCAGAGCUCCUUCCGCCAUUGGACCUUACAAUCAGGCAGUUCAGGUGAAUGAGACUCUCUACAUCUCUGGACAAAUUGGCCUCAACCCUGAGGUAAUAACGCAAUAACCUUCCCUUAAAAAAUAGCAGGGCAGUCUAUUGUGCUUGAUAAAAACACUUACCAAACCCUUUACGGAAAUUUUGUACUUUUUUGUGCUUUCUCAAAUUUUAACAAGCAUUAAAAUUUUGAAGCGAACUGUGUCUCAAAUUAACAAUUAAAACAUCUUUCGCCACUCAAAAUAAAGGAUUCACAAAUUACAAGAGUUUCUGGAUAAUUACAGUAGCAAUCGUGAAACCUCUGCAGACGAUGGAGU